AGACGGCAGCUCCGCCGGUUGUUGCGCCCCCUGGGGUCGGUGUGGGGCAGUUGACCGCAGGAGAAGAGGUCGGACCCCCAGUUCCCCCCCAGGGAAUGUCCCGGAGCAGUCGGAGAGAAACCCGAUAGGAGCAGCAACUGAUCUCAGAGCCUAAAUAUAUCCCCUGAGCCCCCCCGCACCCACACUCCGCUACCCGGGGCCCUACAGCAGAUUUCCCCAGAGAGAUGAGCCUCUCCUUCUGCGGCAGUAAGAAUUUCUCGUACAACGUUAAUGCCGGGGUGCUGAACAACAUCUGCUUCCUGGAUGCCCUGAAUCUGGUGCCCCACGUCUUCCUGCUCUUUAUCACCUUCCCCAUAUUAUUUAUAGGCUGGGGAAGCCAAAGUUCCAAGGUUCAGAUCCAUCACAACACUUGGCUGCAUUUCCCGGGACACAACCUACGAUGGAUCUUAACGUUCGCCCUCCUGUUUGUUCACGUGUGCGAAAUCGCCGAAGGCAUCGUAUCCGACGCAAAAAUGUCAUCGUGCCACUUGCACCUCUUCAUGCCGGCCAUCAUCGGAUUUAUAGCGGCCACCACUUCCAUCAUCUAUUAUCACAACAUCGAAACGUCCAAUUUUCCCAAACUGCUACUAGCGCUCUUUCUCUAUUGGGUGCUGGCGUUUAUCUCAAAGACCAUCAAGCUGGUAAAGUACUGUGAGAACGGGAUUGGGCUCCACCAACUGCGUUUCUGCAUCACGGGGAUCAUGGUCGUUCUCUAUGGGCUCCUCAUGGCGGUCGAGAUUAACGUUAUCCGCGUGCGGAAAUAUGUGUUUUUCUCGAGCCAACAGAAGGUGAAGCCCCCCGAGGACCUGCAGGAUUUGGGGGUGAGGUUCUUACAGCCCUUCGUCAACUUGCUGUCCAAGGCCACUUACUGGUGGAUGAACCCCCUGAUCAUUUCAGCGCACAAGCGCCCCAUCGACCUAAAGACCAUCGGCAAGUUGCCCAUAGCUAUGAGGGCCCUCACCAACUAUCUCAGCCUGAAGACCGCCUACGAAGAACAGAAGAAGAAACUGGUAGACCGGCCCCAUAAAGACCCGUCUAUCUGGAAGGCCAUCUACAGAGCCUUUGGCCGGCCCAUUCUCCUGAGCAGCACCUUCCGGUACUUGGCCGAUCUGUUGGGAUUCGCCGGUCCGCUCUGUAUCUCCGGGAUUGUCCAGCUGCUGGAUAGUCGGAACAAAGGCCCAACGGAUCAGGAUUUCCCCAAGACCAAUUUCAGCAGCGUCUAUUUCCUCUCCUCCAAGGGGUUAAUCGAGAAUUAUUACGUCCUCGCUGUUCUGCUCUUUCUGGCCCUCAUUUUGCAAAGGACCUUUCUGCAAGCCUCCUAUUAUGUUACCAUAGAGACCGGCAUUAACCUGCGAGGUGCCUUACUGUCUAUGAUCUAUAACAAGAUAUUGAGGCUCUCAACGUCCAACAUGUCCAUGGGAGAGAUGACCUUGGGGCAGAUAAAUAAUCUGGUUGCCAUAGAAACCAACCAGUUGAUGUGGUUCUUAUUCCUUUGCCCUAAUCUCUGGGCAAUGCCAAUUCAGAUUAUAAUGGGUGUGAUCCUCCUGCACAAACUGGUCGGCGUCAGUGCCCUGGUUGGCGCGGCUGUCAUUGUUCUGCUGGCCCCCAUGCAGUAUUUCAUUGCCACAAAACUUGCCGAGGUUCAGAAGAACACAUUGGACUACUCCACGGAGCGUUUGAAGAAGACCAAUGAGAUCCUGAAGGGGAUCAAGCUCCUCAAGCUCUACGCCUGGGAGAACAUCUUCUGCAACAGCGUCGAGGAGACCCGAAUAAAGGAACUGAAGAGCCUCAAGACCUUCGCCCUCCACACGUCCCUCUCCAUCUUCAUGAAUGCGGCCAUUCCCAUUGCGGCGGUGCUCGCGACAUUCGUGACUCAUGCGUACGUAAGCUCCUCCCACCUAACGCCGGCCAAUGCGUUUGCGUCGCUCUCCUUGUUCCACAUCCUGGUGACGCCGCUCUUCCUGCUCUCCACGGUGGUCAGAUUCGCAGUAAAGGCGCUUGUGAGUGUCCAGAAGCUGAACGAGUUCUUCACCAGUGAUGAGAUCAGGGAAGACGGAUUCAGGAAUGGAGAGACCACCCUGCCCUUCGAAUCUUGCAGAAAACACCCUGGAAUUCAUUCCAGAGCCUUUAACAGGAAACAGCCCCUGAGGUACCAAAUGGAUAAAUACGACCAGGCUCCCAAGAGACAGGUCCGAACGUCGGACACGGAAGAUGCGGCGCUGAAGGUGUGCGGCGGCUUUUUCUCUUGGGGCACCGGAUUGGCCACGUUGGCCAACAUAGACAUCCAAAUACCUACAGGGGAACUAACGAUGAUUGUGGGGCAAGUCGGCUGCGGCAAGUCCUCCCUACUGCUGGCGAUACUGGGGGAGAUGCAGACGCUGGAAGGGCGAGUGGUUUGGAACAAAUUUGGCUCCCAGAGACGGGCCCCGGGCAGUAGUGCAAAUGGCUGGGAUUCUGCCUGUGGAUCCGAGAGAAGCAAGAACAGACACUCGGUGGCCUACGCAGGACAGAAACCGUGGCUCCUAAAUGCCACUUUAGAAGAGAACAUCACCUUCGGGAGUCCUUUCAACAAGCAAAGGUACAAAGCUGUCACGGACGCCUGCUCCCUCCAACCUGAUAUCGACCUGUUGCCAUUUGGAGACCAAACUGAGAUUGGAGAGAGGGGAAUUAACCUCAGCGGGGGCCAACGGCAGCGCAUCUGUGUAGCCCGGGCCCUCUAUCAGAACACCAACAUCGUCUUUCUGGACGACCCGUUUUCUGCCCUCGAUAUUCAUCUGAGCGACCACCUCAUGCAGGAAGGGAUCCUGAAGUUCCUCAGAGAAGAUAAACGGACCGUGGUGCUGGUCACCCAUAAACUGCAGUAUCUGCCCCACGCAGACUGGAUAAUUGCUAUGAAGGAUGGGUCAGUGCUCAGGGAGGGCACAUUAAAGGAUAUUCAGAAUAACGAUAACGAGCUUUAUGAGCACUGGAAGACUCUAAUGAACCGCCAGGACCAGGAACUGGAGAAGGACUCAGACGCAGACCAGGUGACGAUGGAAAGAAAAACUCUCCGGAGAGCAAUGUACUCGCGGGAAGCCAAAGUCCAAGCUGAGGAAGAAGAAGAGGAGGAAGAAGAGGAAGAUGAAGAUGAGACCAUGUCCACGGCCAUGAGGCUGAGGACCAAGUUCCCUUGGAGAACGUGCUGGAGAUAUCUCACCUCUGGGGGAUAUCUCUUACUCUUCCUCAUGAUAUUCUCCAAGCUUCUGAAACACUCGGUGAUCGUGGCCAUUGACUACUGGCUGGCCAGUUGGACGUCAGAAACCAGCAACAUCAGUUACGCCCAGAGCGAUAACGUAACGUCAGCCAGUGAGCUCAGCAGCAUCCAGAGCUACUAUGUAACCGGGUUCAGCGUCCUCAGUGCCACGGGAAUAGUCCUCUGCCUCAUCGCAUCAUUGACUGUGGAGUGGAUGGGUCUCAACGCAGCCAAGAACCUUCACCAUAACCUACUGAAGAAGAUCAUUCUGGCACCAAUUCGGUUCUUUGACACCACUCCUCUUGGUUUGAUCCUAAACCGAUUUUCGGCCGACACAAACAUUAUAGAUCAGCACAUCCCCCCCACCCUGGAGUCACUCACAAGAUCGACCCUGCUGUGUCUCUCAGCCAUCGGAGUAAUUUCCUACGCCACCCCCAUCUCCAUGGUGGCUCUUCUUCCCCUCGGCGUGGCUUUCUACUUCAUCCAGAAAUACUUUAGAGUUGCCUCCAAGGACCUUCAGGAACUCGAUGACAGCACCCAGCUGCCCCUGCUGUGCCACUUCUCCGAGACGGCAGAAGGACUCACCACCAUUCGGGCCUUCAGGCACGAAGCCAGAUUCAAGCAGCGGAUGCUGGAACUGACCGACACCAAUAACCUGGCCUACCUGUUCCUCUCUGCGGCCAAUCGGUGGCUGGAGGUCCGAACGGACUAUCUCGGAGCCUGUAUUGUUCUGACGGCAGCUGUUUUCUCUAUAACGUAUGGACUUGACUCUGGGAUCGUUGGAUUGGGCCUCACAUACGCGCUAACGGUGACAAAUUACCUGAACUGGGUCGUUCGGAACCUCGCGGACCUGGAAGUGCAAAUUGGAGCCGUGAAGAAAGUCAACAGUUUCUUGAACAUUGAAUCGGAGUGUUACGAGGGGUCGAUGGAGCAGCAACAGGUGCCGGAGGACUGGCCCCAGAGCGGAGAGAUAAGGAUCAGCGACUUGUGCGUCAGAUACGAGAAUAACCACAAGCCGGUUCUGAAGCACCUCAAGGCCUACAUUAAACCGGGCCAGAAGGUGGGAAUCUGCGGCCGAACCGGGAGCGGCAAAUCUUCCCUGUCCCUCGCCUUCUUCCGAAUGGUGGAUAUAUUCGACGGGAAAAUUGUUAUAGACGGAAUAGACAUUUCCAAACUGCCCCUAAAUACCCUGCGCUCCAGGCUCUCCAUCAUCCUGCAGGACCCCAUCCUGUUCAGCGGCUCCAUCCGGUUCAACCUGGAUCCCGAGUGCAAAUGCAGCGACGAGCGGCUCUGGGAGGGGCUGGACAUCGCGCAGCUGAAGAACCUGGUGAAGGCGCUGCCCGGGGGUCUGGAUGCCAUGGUGACAGAAGGAGGGGAGAAUUUCAGCGUGGGGCAGAGGCAGCUGUUCUGCUUGGCCCGGGCCUUCGUACGGAACAGCAGCAUCCUCAUUAUGGACGAAGCCACGGCCUCCAUUGAUAUGGCCACUGAGAACAUUCUGCAGAAGGUGGUAAUGACGGCAUUCGCCGACCGAACCGUAGUCACCAUCGCACACCGUGUCUCUUCCAUUCUGGACGCAGAUCUCGUAUUAGUCUUUUCCGAGGGUAUUUUGAUAGAAAGUGACGCUCCCGGCACUCUACUCGCCAACGCCGACGGUCUCUUUACUUACCUGGUUAAGAGUCACAAGUAGAUUGGGCCCAGUCUGCUGCCCGGCCGCACCGGGUUCACACCAUCCUGACGGGGGACGUGGCGAUCGUGAUGCGCCGGGGGAACAUUCUGGAACACGACACCCCGGGGAACCUCCUGGCGCAGGAAGACAGUAUUUUCGCCUCCUUCGUCCGCGCCGACAUGUGACCCCUUUUCUACCGGAUUUUUAUAGAAUUUUUUGUGUAUUUUAUAAGAAAUAAAAGGAAGUUUCUAUUUUGUAUUUCAACUCACGGAGGAGUCGGAGUCGGACCUCUCGCUCUUUCCUGUUUGUAUCUCGCACGGAAAUAAACGCCCGGUACCGGGGAAACAGCA